AUGCCUGCGAGGCCGCUGAGAAGUGGUCCUUCCUGCCCCGCCCUCCAGGCGGCCGCCUGCAGCUCGCGAGCGCCCUCUGCUGGCCCAGAGCGGGGCGCGGCCCCGAGCCCCAGCCUGGAGCCCUGGGGCCUGCAGACCCGCAGAAGAGGCCAAGGGCUCUGCCCAGAGCCACACAGCCAGAGGUGGACUGGUUGUGUGCUGUGUGCUGAGAUCGGGGAGAGAGAGCUGACACGCGGGCCUCUCCUCUGCUCACCCACCGUGUCUUCACCAGCUUUACCUGGAGUCGGCAAACUCCUCACUGGGCCGGUCCCCCUGUUCGCAGGCCCAGUUAGCCCACAGGCCCUCACGUUCUCAGCGGAGCCGCCGGAACCCGGCCCUCGGAGCCGCCGGAACCCGGCCCUCAUCACUGCCCUGGGCCUGGAGAGGAAGGCGAGGCUCCACUCUGGAGAAGGCUUCCUGAGCUCGCGGAAACCUCAGGGUGUCCCGGGGACCGCUUUCGGCGCUGGAGGCAGGGAUGGGGAUGAGCCAGAUGACUGUCUCAGAUGGCGAGGAUGCCUGUGUGUGAGGCACUCUCACAAAUCGGGAGGGAAAAGGAACAAAGAUGACGUAAUUCAGAGGGAUAAAAGGGCCUCUCAGCUUGAGAAAAGGUACUCAGCGUCACACAUGAGGAAAUGGACCAGAAGCCAUGAAAUAGCACGAUUCAGCUCAAGGAUGGGCGGGCAAGGAUGUCUGAGCGCAGAUAGAGGGAAGAGAAUGGAAGGAACCAUCUUGCGCUGUUGGUGGGAAGGCGAGUUUGGAACUUUUGUUUGGAGGCAGUUUGAAAAUGACAGGAUUAAAACUGCCCCAGUCCUUGGCCGGAGAAGUCUGGUCCUGGGCAUCCCCUCGGCGGGGCGUGCUCACUGCUGCGCUGAGGCUGCUGGGCCGGGCGAACGUCGGGGAUGA